UUCAAACCGACAGUGCCUGAGACACUCCCAAUUGCACCUUGACCUGUCGAGUCGCGACUUUGCAGCUGCACAUCUGAAGCUCCUCCGGGCCUUGGGCGCACAUUUGUGCCGGCCCUGCUUCGUGCAUCAGCGACAUCUCGUAGCUGCCUGCUUGCCUGACCUUACCGCCGGCGCAGCUUCCACUUCCCCAGCUCCCAGCUCCCAGCUGCCAGCUCACACCCACCCCGCUUUCGCGCCAACAAGCCAACAAUCCCACGAUCAUGUCGGGCGCAGUCGCGACAGCUCGGCCGACGCAGGCUCUGCGCGUGCGGCGCGAGUCUCAGCGGCCUGGCGUUGCGCGCGUCAUCACCAAGACGAACAACAUGGAGGACGAGGCCGCGAAGCCAGAGCCCAGGCUGUAUGUCUACACGCAGGAGGCAGUCCUCGCCAGGCACCGCGGCAAGCUGCCAUCGAUGCGCAUUUCUCUCUACCCGAACCACUUCCGCAUCAACGACUCGCAGGAGACGCUGAACUAUGCCUCCCCCAUGCGCGAGAUUCUGAUGGCCGUCAAGGCGAAGCAGCUUCCCCACAACAUGCUCGAGGAGCUCCACGCCAACGGCACGCCCUUCUACGACGGCUGCCUCAUCGUCGAAGUCCACAACCACCGCAACACCACCGCCAAACCCAGAGACCGUGCAAGCGGCGCCGGCGAUGGCAGCAAGACGACCUUUUCGAUCCACAACAACAACAGCUUCAUCACUCCGUCCCCGUACGGCUCGCACCCAAGCAGCAAGUCUGACCCCAAAGCCAACGGCGCCGCAGCACCGCCCAAAGAGGCCUGCGACAAGGAGGACAAGGAGAACAUGCCUGCGCCUGGCGCGAGCGGCGCCUCGCAGAAGCAGCCUGCAAGCGGACCCAAAAUCACCACCGUCGUGUUGUUCCCCUCGCCGCAGGCGCAGCUGUCUGACUUGUCGAUACUCGCCACGACGCCCGCGACCGACGCUGCGACGCUCAAGAGGAAGCAGGCCGCUGGACGUGGCGCAGGCAUGCCUCCAACUCCGUUGACCGCAGUGCCACCCACGCCAACCUUCUCCGCCGGACCCAGCCCAAAGCGCCAGAAGAUGAUGAUCGAUGACAGCAACGUCCACGAGUUUGAGGCCGAGCUGCUUAACGCGACAUGUCCCCGACUGUAUCUCGAGCCCACCAAGAGCCUUGCGGAGUCGGUGGCCCUGAUCGAUGCCAUGACCCACCCCAAUAACAAGAACCCACCACCAGAACGCAAGACUCGCAAGAGGACGACUGCUGAGCUGGCCGCCGAUGAGGCCGACGCGCAGAAUCUCCAGAGCUUCAUGUUGGCCGGAGACGAGCAGCAGGCCACUCUCAGCACUACUAAUGCCGGUGAUAACGAAGGGGCUGUACGCGCCCAAGCAAAUACCAUGUCCUUCGCCCGAUUCAAGACCCUCGCGAGCAUCAAGGCCAAUCACGAGGAAGCGGACCGCCGUAAGAAGGAGGAGGACGCUCGUCAAGCGCAGGCCAAAAGACAGGCGCAGAUAGAGUCUGAAGCCCAGAAGCGGCGGGACAUGGAGGCAAACCGACAGCAGGCCGAGGUUCAGGAGCAGCGCCAACAGCUCCUUGCUCGACAGCAGGCACACCAGCAACAGAUGUUGCAGCAGAACCAGAUGCAGCAGAACGAAGCGCUUCGAGCCGCACAAGCAGCGCAAAUGUCGAAUGCUGCCGCAGCUCAGAUCUCGCAAACGCCCCAGUCUGCUACACAGAACCAAUUUUCGCCCAGCGUGCGACAGAACACGCCCAUGGCUGCUGCUGCAGCUUCUCCUCGACCCGGCGGUCAAGCAAGCCAUCCCAUGGGAGGUACCCCUAUGGUCGCAACAGCUUCCAACCAUGCCAUCGCCAGCCCUGCCCGACCCCCGUCCUCGAUCUCGCAUCAUCCAAUGGCACGCACUGCUAGUCAGCAGCAGGGUUCGAUGAGCCGUACGAACACACCUCAGAUGAUGCAAGGUACACCUGUCAUGAACUCGGCCAUGCCCAACCGCAACAUGACGCCGACCCCCCGCAUGAACCAAGGCAGUCCAUCUCUGCAGGUACAGGGCGCAACGCCAAUCAUGAUGCAGACGCCGCAGUCUCAGAAUAUGACCCCUGAGCAGAUGCAGGCUCUGCAGGCUCAGCAAAACCAGCAACGAGUGCAACAGAUGCGUCUGCAGCAAUUGCAGGCCCAGCAAAUGAACGGCAUGUCUCCGGGUGGCGGUGCUCAGCAGCUGCAACAGAUGGCAAUGCAAAAGGCACACAUGCAGAUUCAGACGCAUGGUGUGCCCCCAGGCCAGAGCCAACAGGUUUACCAACAGCGUCUUGCACAAAACUUUUUUAACCAGCUCAAGCAGGCACAGGCUGCACAGGCUCAGCAACAACAGCAGCAGCAUGGCAUGAACCAGAUGUCGCCCCAAGGCCAACAACACGCCGUGCCCAACCAGCAAGCCGGCAAUAACAUGGCCAACAUGAGCGUUCAACAGCUACGGGCGCACUACCAGCAGCGUAAGCAGCAUUUGUUAGCGACGUUCGGCCAACAGGUACCUCAGCAGCAUGUCACGCAGAUGCACCAGCUCGAGCAGCUUAUCCGCAGCAAGGAACAAGCUCAGCUUCAGCAAAACCAGCAACAGAUGGGUCAAAACCAGAUGAACAUGAACCAGGGCAUGCAGGGCCAGGUCGCCGCAGGGCAGAACCCUAUGCAAAUUCAGCAGUAUCAGCAGGCUCUCCUCCAGCAACGCGCACAGCAGCAGUCGCGCAAUGAUCAGAUCAUGCGCAUGCGUCAACAAGCCAUGCAACAAGGCGGCCAGAUGCCUCAGGGCAUGAUGAACAACAUGCAAGGCAUGGGCAUGCAAAACAUGGGCAACAUGCAGAACAUGCAGAACAUGCAGCAGGGUAUGCAAGGUAUACAGGGCAUGCAGGGUAUGCAGGGUAUGAACAUGGGCCAGAUGGGCAUGGGUCAGAUGAACCAGCAGCAGGUCCAGCAAAUGAUGAUGAUGAGACAGGCACAGCAGCAACAGCGUAUGCAGCAACAGGGGGGCGACAUAAACUGGAACGGUGUCUCAUGAGUAUGUUGACUCAUUGCAGGCGUUGAUUUGACACUACUAGGCGUUAUGGGUAUGAGGGGUGUUUGGCUCGGAAAAGUUUCAAGAUACCCCGGUAUUGGUUGCAUACUCGGUGUUUGGAUUAGCAUGUUGAGGGGAUAUCUCCCUUCGAUUGUCAUGAUUGGCAUUGUUUGAAUCUGGAUAGCAUCUCGUUGACUACCCGCUGGCUUCUUGAACACUCUAUCAUCAUCCUCGACUGUGCAUCCGCACGUCGUCUGAAUAUCUCCUGGCUCGUUUCGCCACCGCAAAGUGUCUCGUACCGUUCCCUGAGCGGUCUUGCGGUCUAUUUCC